AUGGCGGAAAGUGACCGCGAGGGAUUCAAUUAUGGAAAAUAUGGCGAGGGCUAUUCUGCCUCUACGGAAGUCAUCCGAGAGCAAGAGUACCCUAAUCUGAAUAGUAUGCCCCCUUCCUUGAUACCAUUCCGAUCCACCUAUACUGAUUAUCAUCCUUUACGGGGCACAGAGACAAUUUAUCUUGAUCAUGCCGGUACAACAAUUUAUGCCAAGUCAUUGAUCACGGCGUUCUCGCGUGAGAUGAAUUCCAGUCUGUUUGGAAAUCCCCAUUCAAUGUCUCUUUCUUCGCAAUUGUCCACACGGCGGACAGAAGAGGUGCGAGCACGGGUCCUCCACUUCUUUAAUGCUAGCCCCGAGGAGUUUGACGUGGUUUUUGUGGCAAACGCGACAGCUGCUAUCAAAUUGGUAGCCGACUCGUUUCGGGAUUGUGAUUCUCGGGGUUUCUGGUAUGGGUAUCAUGUUGACUCUCAUACCAGUGUCGUUGGUGUCAGGGAAGUUGCCGAGAUGGGUUAUCAAUGCUUUCAAGAUGUCGAUGUGGAUGCUUGGAUCGCCGAGUUAGGCACAGCUCAGCUAAAAGCACCCAGACUGUUCGCAUUCCCAGCCCAGUCUAACAUGAACGGUCGACGUCUCCCAAUCCGUUGGUGUGAGCAGAUUCGCUCCGCUGCGAAUGAAACAGGGAACGUAUUCACUCUUCUUGAUGCUUCCUCGUUUGUGUCGACCGCUCCUCUCGACCUAGGUAAAGCAACCGAUGCUCCUGACUUUACGGCAUUGAGCUUCUACAAGAUCUUUGGGUUCCCUGAUCUCGGAGCGUUGAUUGUCCGAAAAAGCGCGGCCCACAUUCUCGAACGACGAAAGUUCUUUGGCGGGGGCACAGUAGAUAUGGUGAUAGCAACCGGAACUCAGUGGCAUGCAAAAAAAGAAAGCUCGAUUCAUGCGCAGCUUGAGGACGGAACUCUUCCUUUUCACAGCAUUAUCGCGCUGGGUGCCGCCAUUGACACUCAUAAACGUCUGUACGGGUCCAUGGCAAAUAUUUCUGCCCACACUGGGUUCCUCGCUAAGCGAGUCUAUGAUCGACUCUCUGCAAUGGCACAUUUCAAUGGCUCCAAGGUCUGUCAGAUCUACCAAUCAGGCUAUGCAAACCCAGCUUUGCAGGGCCCGAUCAUCGCUUUCAACCUGAGAAAUAGUCGAGGGGAAUGGAUUCCAAAGACCGAGGUAGAAAGUCUAGCCACAAUGCAGAAUAUCCAACUACGUUCUGGAUCAGUGUGCAAUCCUGGAGGAACGGCCUUCUCUCUUGGAUGGACCAGCCAAGAGCUGCGCCGUCAUUAUGCCGCUGGUUUGCGAUGCGGCGAUGAUCACGACUUGUUAGAUGGCCGGCCGACUGGCAUUGUCCGUGUCAGCCUGGGGGCAAUGACCAACCUGAAGGAUAUUGACUCGCUGAUUGAUUUCAUCGAGAAGUUCUAUGUUGAAAAGGUGCCUCCAUUGGUCUCACUGACUCCUCCCCUGGGUAAAGACACCCUGUUCGCUCCUCACUUUUAUGUUGAAAGUGUCAUCAUAUUCCCCAUCAAAGGUUGUGGCGCAUUUAGAGUCCCUGAAGGUCAAAGUUGGGAAAUCAAAAAAGAAGGAAUCGCAUGGGAUCAGGAAUGGCAUCUCAUCCAUGCUGGGUCUGGUGUGCCUAUGAAUCAGUGGGAGCACCCUCGGAUGGCUCUCAUAUGUCCCUCUGUUGAUGUUGACCGCAACAUACUUCGCAUCACCUGUGCCGCCAAGGCUGCAAAUGACGAACUAAGCCUUGAAAUACCUCUUACAUGGAGCCGCACAUGCAUGGGUACGAUGACUACUCCAGUUCGUUCGAGUUGCCAAAAACGGCCGGUCAGUGCCCACGGAGAUCAGUCGUGUCUUCGCGCCUACGCCUCCCCCGUGGUUUCGGCGUUCUUUUCCAAUUACUUGGGGGUAUCUUGUACACUCGCACGGUUUUCCUCACAGGACGCAGGCCAAGCUAUGCAACGACCACACCUUGGCGACACUUGGAAAGAUCGCUUACGGAGAUUCACCAGGCUCGGACUCCUCUCCUCCACUGAUCAAUUCCCCGGAGAGCUUGGCCAAAAAUAUCUGGCCGUGUCCAGAGAAACGGCCAUUUUGAUUAUUUCCAGGUCUUCACUCAAUUUUUUGAACCAGAAUAUCAAGGUCAACACCAAAUUUACAUCUAGAAUCGGCGGAAAUUUCACUGCAGAUGUAUUGCAGGGCAACAUUGUGAUCGCGGAGCGGACCUCUCAGCUAGGGCGCGCGGAACUGCCUUUUGUUGAGAAGUCGUCGUCCAUUUAUAUCGGACACAACGAGCUUCGCUUCGAUACUUUUGACCCGUGCCAGCGCUGCCAGAUGAUAUGUGUCGAUCAGGCUACGGGAAUGCGACGCAUGGAAAUACUUGCUGCUCUUCCCAAAAAGCAACAGAUCGAUGGAAAAGACGUGUUGGGUAGAUAUGCGGCUAUUUCCACAAUGGGAGCCACGGAAUCUGAGCCAGGGAGGCCCGGCAGAAGGUCAAUUAUGGUGGGAGAUGUUGUGCUACCAUCAUACCAGCAUGAUUGA